AUGACUUAUCUAUUGUUGUAUUUCAUUUUCUUACAUUUAAUUCUUGCUGCACCUCAAAUCAAUCUUUAUUAUACAGAUUCCAUCAAUCUGCAUGAUGAUGAUAAUGGAUUGCAACACAAUUGUUUACAUACGAUUACUUUGCUUGAACAAUCAGAUACGAAUCAUCAUAUCGUUUCUUAUUGUAUGAGUGAAUCAUCAUCCAAAUUUAAUAUUGAAUUAAAUCAUUUCUCAUCAAAAUAUACUUUUGAUCAACUUGCCAAACAAAAUAUAACUAGUCAACAAUUAUAUAUUUGGUCAGCACCCAUAGAUAUUAUUGAACAUUAUCAAUUCUAUCUCGAUCAAUUAUUAAUAUCAAAUGAUCAAUCAAUGGAGAGAGAGAUGUUCUAUAAUUGUACAAUACCAAGAUUCGGUCCAGUGUGUCAAUAUGAAUAUCCUUAUUAUCAUCAGAAUACUUCAUCUUUAUAUGAAAUCAUCAAUCAUUUCUAUACUAAUUAUGAAUAUAUACCAACUACUCUAACAUGUUACACUCAUCUAAAAUGUGAUCGUGGUCCUCAUCCAGCAUGUUUAGAUUGGACUGACAUUUGUAAUGGGCAUAUUGAUUGUCUUGAUGGUGAUUUUGAUGAACAACAUUGUUGGCAAUUGGAAAUUAAUCAAUGUCAAGAUAAUGAAUAUCGAUGUAGUAAUGGAGAAUGUAUACCACAAUCAUUUUAUAAAGAUAGUGGAAGUAGUUGGGAUUGUACUGAUAUGUCCGAUGAAUUACCAAUAUUUUUAUUACCAUAUCAUCAUUGUAAUACAAAUGAUAUGUCAUUUAAAUGUGAAGAUUUCAUGUGUGUACUUAAUCCUUUGACAAGUUCCUGUAUAGAACAACGCCAUGAAUUAUUAUUACACGGUAUGUUCUCCACAAAACAAAAUACUAUAUCAGAUGAAUGUUGGUUAGCAUUUAAAUGUAUUAUUCCUAUGCCAUUUCAAACAGAUGUAAUAUGUAAUGACUUUUGUCGAAAUGAUAAGUGUAUUGAAAUCAUUCAACGUACAUGUCCUCAUAUGAUAUAUAUUCCAGCUACUCCAGUUUUCCACGAUAUCUAUUUUGUUUAUGAAAAGAAUGAUUCAAUAGCUCUCAAUAAUGGUAUUUAUCGUCAUCCUUAUAUAUGUUAUAAUAAUCAUUCUCAUUACAAUAAUUAUUUUAUUAAUGGUUCUAAAGUUUUGUUUAAUAAUCAAAUAUGUUAUCGUAAUAAUGAUCAACCACUUUCAUCUCAAGAAACAUAUUCAGUAGAUAGAGAUUAUCUUAUAAAAUUACAUAGAUUAAUUUGGUCAUAUGAUCUCAUCUAUAAUUAUACUUCAACAAUUUGUAAUCGAAUAAAUAUGUAUCAAUGUUUGAAUUCAUUAAAAUGUAUUUCUAUUCAUCGUCUCAACAACACUAUCAAUGAUUGUCCUGAGGGUGAUGAUGAACAACUAGUUGGUACCACUAAUAUUAAUACACUUGAAGCACUUAUGGAGAUUGACAAUUGGGUAAAUGAUGCAGAUGAAAUAAAACUUCGAUAUGCAAGAAAUACCAUUUCAUUUCAAACGAUAUGUGAUGGAUUUACAGAAUUAUUUUCAAUCAUCAUCAAUGGACAAAAUGAAACAGAUGAAACUCAAUGUCAACAAUGGCAAUGUGAUAAUAUUUAUACUCGAUGUAAUUAUUUAUGGAAUUGUUUUGAUGGUGCAGAUGAAAUCAAUUGUGAUAGUUCAUCAUCACUAUUACAAUGUUCUUCAAAUCAACACCAAUGUGUUUCACCUCAUACCAAUCAAUUGAUUUGUUUACCUAUUACAAAAGCCAAUGAUGGAUUUAUUGAUUGUCUUGGUGCUACUGAUGAACCAACAUUAUGUCGAACUGAAUAUACCACAAUAGAAGAACAUAGAAAUACAUUUCAUUGUCUGAAUCAAAAUAAUAUGUCGAUAUGUAUUUCUCCACACACAUUAUGUAAUAACGAACAAAAUUGUUAUUAUGGAGAUGAUGAACAGUUUUGUCAAAAGAAUGGAACAUUUAUCACACAUCCUCAUAUUUGUUCGUCAUCUGAUUUAUCAAAAAGUUCUCCUAUUGAACAAUUUCUAUGCAAAACAAUGAAAAUACAACAAAAAGAACUGAUUGUGUACUUUUCAUUGAAUAGAUCAAAUCAGAAUUUAAUCGAAGAUACACCAACAAGUUCAUCUGUCAUUGCAGAAUCUCAUCCAUAUCAAUCUCAUUGUCAUCAUGGUUUUGAUUUAUUUGUUUGGACAAACAAUAAAACAAAACAAACAAUAUGUCUUUGUCCACCUACAUUCUACGGUAACACAUGUCAAUAUCAAAAUCAACGAGUUAAUUUAGUUAUUAAAUUUCAAGCAUUAUCAGACUCUUGGCAAACACCUUUCAUAAUUAUUAUUUCACUUAUUGAUGAUAGUUAUGAACGAAUUAUUCAUUCUUUUCAACAAAUUACAUAUCUAUCCAUGAAACAUUGUAAUAUUAAAUAUAAUCUCUAUUUACUUUAUUCAACUCGACCAAAAAAUGCAACAAGAAAUUAUUCAAUACAUAUUGAUAUUUAUGAAAAAUUAUCAUUAACUUAUCGUGGAAGUUUAUUAUUUCCAGUUCAUUAUCCAUUUUUACCAGUGCAUCGCUUAGUUCAUAUAGCUUAUAUUCCACGAAUUGUUGAUGAUACUACAAUUCAAACAUGUUCACAUCAUCAUCAUCAUCAAUGUAUUCAUGGUAAAUGUAUUAAGUAUGCAAAUAAUAAUGACUAUCAUGAAGAGAAAAGUUUUUGUCAAUGUCAUCAAGGAUGGUCAGGAAAACAUUGUACUAUUCCAUAUAAUUGUACAUGUUCAUCUCAAUCAUUAUGUCUUGGAAUAUCUGCUACUAAUCAUCGUUCCAUAUGUAUUUGUCCUGUUAAUAAAUUUGGUCCUCGAUGUCUUAUAGAUACAAUAUGUCAACCAUCAGCACAUGAAAAUAACAACAAUUCAACAAUAUGUCAAAAUAAUGGUCGAUGUGUUCCAACUGAUGAAUAUAUUUCAUUUAAACAAACAUUUUCAUGUAUUUGUCCAAAAGGUUUUAGUGGUGAUCGAUGUGAAAUAGAAGAUAAUCAACUUAUUCUCUCAUUUACAAAAGAUAUUCUUUUAUCACAAUCAAUAUUUAUUCAUUUUAUUCAAAUUAUCAAAAAUGCACCACCAAUACAAGCAACAACAUUUACAACAAUUCCAAUCAAACAAGAUUCAAUUCUUAUUCAAUGGUCACAAACAUUUCAUCUUGUUUUUAUUGAACUUUUUAACAAAAAUUAUUAUUUAACUCUUGUUCAACAAACAUAUCAACCAUCAACUACAAUUACCAAAACAAUCAAUCCAUCCGAUCGUUGUCCACAUAUAAGUGAAGUGUUUAAUGAAACAUUUGCUCAAUUACAUUUACUUCAUCGUAUUAAAUCAUAUCAUUUACCAUGUCAAGAUUAUUCAUUGAAUCUUUCUUGUUUCUAUGAUGAUAUUCAUCUUUGUCUUUGUUAUAAUCAUGAUGAAAAACGGCGUUUAGCUAAUUGUUUUGAAUUUAAUCAUAAUAUGACAUUUGAUUGUUUAGGACAAAGUGAAUGUGAAAAUAAUGGUGAGUGUUUUCAAGAUGCUCGUGAUUGUCCACAUCGAUCGAUGUGUGUUUGUCGUCCAUGUUUUUAUGGAAGAAGAUGUCAAUUUAGUACAAGUGGAUUUGGUUUAUCACUUGAUGCUAUUUUAGGUUAUCAUAUUUUACCACAUCAGUUCAAUAUUAAUUAUCAAUCAAAUAUUAUCAAAUUUAGUAUGGCUUUAACUAUUAUCUUUGUUAUUAUAGGUCUUAUCAAUGGUUUUCUUGCAUUAAUUACAUUUAAAAAUAAAACUGUACUUCAAGUUGGUUGUGGGUUAUAUUUAUUUACUCUUUCAAUCACUUCGUUAUGUACAAUAAGUAUGUUUGGAUUUAAAUUUCUGUUUCUUCUUCUUACACAAAUGACAUUGAUAUCAAAUCGAUCUUUUCUUUCUUUUCAAUGUCAUUCUAUUGAUUUUAUUCUACGAAUUUCUCUUACAAUGGAUCAAUGGUUAAAUGCUUGUAUUGCACUUGAACGAGUUAUUAUUGCAAGUAAAGGGAUGAGAUUUAAUAAGAAAAAAAGUCAACAAGCAGCUAAAAUUGUUAUUUUUACUCUUUUAUUUAUUAUUAUUACAACUUCGAUUCAUGAUCCAAUUCAUCGACGUUUAAUUAUUGAAGAAAAUCAUGAUGAUGAUGAUGAAAAACGAAUUUGGUGUAUUGCUACUUAUUCAUCAUCUUUACAAAUAUUUAAUUCAUUUCUUUAUAUUUUUCAUUUUUUUGGUCCAUUUCUAAUUAAUUUAGUUUCAACUAUUAUUCUCAUAAUCAACAAAUCUCGUCAACGAUCUGCUAUGAAUACUCAUCAAAAUUAUAGACAAACAUUACAACAACAAUUUCAACAACAUCGACAUUUAUUGACUGCACCCAUUCUUCUAAUUCUUCUUGCAUUACCACGUUUAAUCAUUGCUUUUGUAUCAAAAUGUAUGCAAUCAGCAAAUGAUUCUUGGUUGUUUCUUAUUGGGUACUUUAUUUCAUUUAUUCCAUCAAUGUUAACAUUUGUUCUAUUCAUUUUACCAUCAACAUUUUAUAUCAAACAUUUUCGUCAAACUGUUGCUCCAUUAUAUCAAAUGACAAUACAGAGACGUUUACAACGUAAUACAUAA